CGAAGUACGAAGGAUUCGAACAAACAUUCCUCGAGGGACAAUUGAACAUUCCUACGAUACCAUGAGUGACUGGGCUUUGGACGCGCUUGCCGAACGCGUCCGUGAUCGAAAACAGAGCUUCGGAGACAUGAGCAGUGACGACGGACACGAGGCUCUCGAAGUCGUCUUUGAAGACCAACCACAAGCACGGCGAAAGUCGUCGAUAGUUAAGACCAACAUGCGACCCAGCCCGCAACGCAACAAUACAGCAUGUAUUGUACACCUCGGUCUGGAGGGAAAAGAUGAUGAGACGACGACUGAGCCUAGUGAAGAGGGCGUGUCCAUGGAAAAACCAGCGGACAAACUCACAGGCAGUCCCCCUAAUCAUGGCGAACACACGCAAUCACGAUUGCUCACCAAGAAGCAAUUGUCCGACAUGGCCUUUGGCAUUCGCGAACUCUCAAAACGUCUAGGUCGAGUCAAGCUGAUGCUCAAGGUCAAGAACAUCUUCGUUCUUACCAAGCUCACCGAUGCGACUCUGUGUGCCAAAGCCGCAGAGCUGACAAAAUGGCUGCUGGAUCAGAAAGAGGCACAGUACACUGUAUACGUCCAGGACAAGUUGCAGGACCUCAAAUCGUUUGACGUUGAAUCAAUCUUGGAAGGCGACGAGUCAAAGCAGAGCAGAUUGAAGUACUGGGACGAGGCCCUCUGCAAAAGAAUGCCUCACAAAUUCGAUAUUGUUCUUGCGCUCGGUGGUGACGGUACCGUCCUUUUCGCUUCCCUCCUCUUCCAACGCAUCGUACCUCCUGUACUCAGUUUCGCUAUGGGCUCUCUGGGUUUCCUUACCAAGUUCGAUUUUGCCAGAUACCAAGCCAUUCUACCUAGAGCCUUCAACGACGGCAUCACUGUUUCCCUUCGUCUUCGCUUCGAAGGCACCAUCAUGCGCAGCAUCCGUCGCGAAGGCCACAGCGAUGAGGAUCACGUUCAACGAAGACUAGAUGAGGAGCUUGUAGGUGCCGAAGCCGACGACCAUCACACCCACAAGCCCGAAUCGGCAUACCACAUCCUCAACGAGAUCGUCUUGGAUCGUGGCCCUAGUGGAACCAUGGUCGCUUUAGAUGUCUACGGUGACGAGGAAUGCUUCACUACGAUUGCAGCCGAUGGUCUCAUUGUUGCUACUCCGACAGGCAGUACAGCGUAUAACCUGGCAGCAGGAGGCAGUCUUUGUCAUCCGGACAACCCCGUCAUCCUUCUCACUGCCAUCGCCGCGCACACGUUAAACUUCCGCCCUAUCAUUCUACCCGACACUAUGGUAUUGCGUAUUGGCGUACCAUAUGAUGCGCGUAGUUCUGCUUACACAAGUUUCGACGGCAAAUAUAGAACCGAGCUGAAACCCGGUGACUACGUAACCAUUUCCGCAUCGAGAUUCCCCUACCCCAGCGUAUUACCCUUGAACAAACGCAGCGAAGACUGGAUCGAAAGUAUCUCACGCUCACUCGACUGGAAUUCACGAGCGAAACAAAAGCCAUACACGGAGGAAAAGAAGAAAGAUGGAGAAGGCAAAGAGGAAAAGUAAUCAUGAUCAUGGCACGAGCAUCCUGGAAACAAUUGCAUGGUAAUGGAAUGGCGUUUUUUCUGUCUCUUCCUUCUUUUCACUAGAGAUACCUAAGACGUAUGCUUCUAAUUUCUAUUCCUUGGCUCAAGC